AUGGCGCAGUUCAAGUUCGGGAUGUUUUAUUUUAGGGACAACACAAUUCACGUCGAAAGUACUGACAUUGUGACACCUCAGUACAGACAGCAGCUCGUUCAGGUAUUAAAACGGCCGGACCUCUCCAGUGAAGACGGAUGGAUACAAGUGUGCUGGGGCACCAUGAAAGCACCUAAAAACAAGGUGGCCGCGAAACUGCUCUUACUCGGAGACAACUACAAGGAGUUGAUGGGGAAAAAAGAAGCCUUCCUCAAGGAUGAGGACAUCUGGCACAUGGCAGUUGCAAGGAGAAGGACCACACCAUGUACCACAACACGUGAUGGAAGCAAACCAAAGAAAAAAAGAAUUACUGCAACUUCCAGUCUCACUUCAGAUGAAGAUGAAACACAGAUUGACCCAUCACAAGUUUUUCAAACAAAUAAGCCGAAGAUGACAAAAGCUGCAAGAGACAGAGCCCUUUCCCAACUGAAAUCCUCGCUGCUGAGAAGAAAUCCAACAACCUCCACCUCCUUGACAAGUGAUGUUGAUACAGACAUAGACACCAAUGUGGACUUAUUUGACCCACCUCAGGCUUCAGAAUCAACUGACCUGGGCCAAGGGGAAAGUGAAGAGGAGAGUGUCCUGAUGGAUCAGUCCAGAUCCAGUGUUGACAUGCAACAGGACGUGAUGGAUGCUCUGAAAGAAAUUCCAGCCUUAGUCAAGUGUGUCAGAGAUCUUAUUACAACCAUGAAGAGAAUGCCACCUGUCAUGGACACUGACAGUACAAGUUCUGGUUCUUCCAGUCCAGCUCCAGAAAUGAUUUCCUUGGGCAACACGGGGGUGCAGAUCAGCAAAAACUGUUUCCUAAGACUAAACCGAACAAGAAUGUCCCUGUUCACACAGGACUUAGCUGUGCUCAUCUUUGGGCGGGAUGUUUUGGCAUCCUCGACUCUCACAGGAAAACCAGGGCCUACUGGAACAGCGAAAGAGCAGCUAAAUCCGGAAAAGCUGAGUGCCCUCGUUGAUACAGUUAUUGCUGAAUUUCCAGGAACAAAUGUGUCUGAUGUGAGGGCAGUGAUUCGGAGAAAAUGUAACAAUGAGAAUUUUGUGAGCAAAAAGAAACAGUAAGCAGUAACAUCAGUAACUGUUUGUAAUAGUUUUUGUUUGUUUGUUUUUUGGUGGACAUACAUUUUGAGUUUUAACAAACUGUGUCAAUGUUUCACAUGUAAAAGUUUCAAGAGUCAGUUUAAUGUUCAUCCCUGUCAUUACUAGCUUCUCUGCAGUG